CACUUCAGUAGGGUGUAAACAUCAUGGCCGGCGACAGUGAAAAACCUUUAGACGAGAGUAAAAGUUAUAUGGGCAUACCAGAGGCCCAGUUUGUAGAAGAUGUCGACUCAUUCAUGAAGAAGGAAGACAACGCCAAUGCACAAGAGGUUAUCAAGCGCUUAGAUGAGCAGCUGAACAAAUACAAAUUUAUGGAGGUUCAUCUACAGGCAAGGCGUAAAAAGUUGAAGUCUCAGAUUCCAGACAUCAAGAGUUCUCUACAAAUUGUGAAAGAAAUGAAAACGAGGAAGGACACGGCAGAAGUCAUUGAGACGAGGUAUCUCCUCUCAGACCAGGUGUACAUGAAGGCAAACAUUCCACCUACAGAUCGCGUUUGUCUUUGGCUAGGAGCUAAUGUGAUGCUGGAGUAUGGUCUUGGGGAUGCUGAAGGUCUUCUAUCCAAAAACUUAGGCAAUGCCACAAAGAAUCUAAAACAAGUGGAGCAUGAUCUUGACUUUUUAAGAAACCAGUGUACCACGACUGAAGUGACAAUGGCUCGUAUUUACAAUUGGGACGUGAAGAGGCGACGAGCAGAGAAGGCAGCAGCAGAAGAUAAACCCUUGAAGGGCAGAGGCAGAGGCCGGGGGAGGGAAUUCAGUUUUGAAUAGUGGAUUAUGCUUUAACAAGUUCUGUUAUCUUCGGCAUUUUAUUUUUCUCCUCACCUUGUUAUCUGAUGUAAGUCGGAAUGGAUCAGGGUGUGAACAUGUAUCAAUUUAAAAAAAUUGAAGCUUCAAUAAAUUGCUACCAUACAGUUUACUUAAAGGGGGAUUACCUCGCAUCACCAUUUAAAGUGCAUAAAUUACAGAUGAUUAACAAGGAUAAGGGGGCUGUUAGUAGCUUCAUCAUUAUUCUUAGUAAUGGAAAGAAAAUUUGUAGUUAUUAUUUCUCUGUUUUACUCAGUAUGCAGGGGAAUCCUGCCAAGAUCUUUUAAAAGUUAUGUACUGUAAGCAUUGCAUUCAUUAUUGUGUUUAUGAGUUUUGGUCCAAACAUUUCAGAAAUAAACUUUUCUAUGCGUAUUCUGUUUGUCAUUAUUACGUUAAAAGACAUUUAUUUUACUUAGUGUCAAUAUAUUGUUCACUCCUUUACGUUUUAUAAAAUAGACAAACUUUAGAAGUUACUGAGUUGUACAGACUAAACAACAACUACUUGUAUAUCUCACCAGUUGUGUUAAGUUUUGGUAGCCAUGUGGCACGAGUCACAUAUACUGUACUGCACGCGCCAUAAGUUUACUCGUGUCAGAUCGAGAUCAAAAGAGAUACAGUAAUGAGCACUCGGAUAUGUUCAACCCUCCUUGAUCCACAACACAUAUUUGUGAGAAUGAAACAUUUUACUUUUACUCUUUUUUUUAGAUAUCUUGAUUAUCUUUGAGGUUUAUCAAAUGUAAUUUUGUUGUUUAUUUCAAAUAAUGUAUUUGAGGUUUCAACUUCCUGUAAGGUCUCAUUGUUAAUAAGUUGUUACUUUACUUUUUUACAUUUAAAGUCAUGGUAUGUAAUGGUUGCCAGUUCAUGUUAAAAGUAAUCACAAAGCAUCAGCAGUGUAUAUGGCCUUACUUAGUUUUAGAAAUUACAGUUUUCAUACUCACAGAUAGCACAAAAACACUUCUUAAAUAAGGAGUGUAUUUUUCAUCACUGUAAACCUGAUACAUUUUGCUUCGACUUUGCUCUAUAAUAUUUAAUGUAGUUUUAAACUUAAUGCCUAUGCAUUACUCUUCAAAACCUAGCACUUUCUUGACAAACCAAUCUAACAUUGCAUUACUAUAACAUUACUUUGAAAAACUGCCAUUGUCUAUGUUUAAUCCCGUCACUUGAGAUUAGUUGGAGAAACCUGAUAAAAACACAAGUCAUCCUGCUGAUCUCAAUAAAAAUUAUUAUUAAA